AUGGCACUGAAUCAGCAACGUAACUGGGACGUCUCGAUGGCGGAGAAUCUGGUGCACGUCAGACGGAAUGGUCAAGGCGGAGGGAAGCCGCAGAAGGGCGAAGCAAGAAUGGAGCAGCAUGUGAAAGAAGAGCCGAAAGUCUGGAAGACGGAACCUGUCUAUCUCCCGGACGAGAUCAUCAUUCAAAUCUUGGAAUAUGUCUCUCGUUUCCGCGAAUCGCAGACUACUCUGGCCGCUUCUUGUCUGCUAUCACGACAAUGGUACGCAGCCUCAGUAUCGUUCCUCUACGCGAAUCCAUAUCUAUACGGGAAGAAUUUCGAGCCCUUCUAUAACACGAUUUGCCCGUCCAAAAAUGCGCACAUUCGACACAGCUGGCUUGCGGGACUCGUCAAGGUGCUCGACAUGAGAGCGCUAGUACACCAAGCCCGUCCUCGCGAUACGGCUCGUCUACUUGGCCGAACCAAAGACAACUUGGAGGCUUUCGUUGCGCCAGUAGCAAGCUUUGGACUAGCGUGCUUUGCAUCUCUUGCGAAGGCUCACCAGCUACGGAUACUGGACCUCACGCUGGUAUCUGAAAGUCCGGCUCUGCUUCAGCUGCUCGAGAAAGUGUCUCGCCUGCCGCAUCUUACUACUCUGAAGCUGCCGCGGUCGUCAGGAUUUGGUACAGAAGUCGAUCCGACCAAGGUCGUGUGGCCGCCAAAUUUGGAGCACCUGAGUCUGAGCGGCGGCAUCGAUGCGCAUUUCCUGCACGGUGCUGUGGCAUUUCCAUCGACCCUUCGCAGCCUAACAAUCGAGCACUGUCCGAAAGCCAAAGGGUUCGCCCUGAUGCAUCUACUUCGAACAGCGGUAAGGCCACUCCCUAAUCUGGAGCAGCUCAAGCUCGCCAAUCUUCCGAGGCUGUCUGGCAGCGCGCUCGACAAUGUUCUGCUCAUACUCCCUGGUCUCACCAGACUCAGCAUCAGCGUCGACUACAUUACACCUGCCGUAUUUGACUUCGACGUCGGGAGUCACGAGGAAGUCAUGGAAGCCUUUCAAAUUACCCCUGAGGAUAUUCCUCCUACCUACCGACAUCAUCUGGGCAUGGAUAAGAAAUGUGAGCUCGAGGUCCUGGAGCUCACAAAUUCUGGAAACCCUGGCGUCGAAGACAAGGUCUCGCCCAUCGAUGUGCUGAUUGCCAUCGACGAAGGCACUUUACCCAACCUGCGACAAGUCAGAGUCGCCAAUAGUCUGCUUUGGCAUUCGAGUGCUACCGCGAGCGACUCAGAGGCUUUAGCCGAUGCACUGCAGGAGGCUGCAACCAAGCGCAAAGAGGGAGGAGGAUUGGAGACCGGAGUCUGGACGUUUGAGGGAUGA